GCGGGUUAGGCGUUAAGGCUAACGGCAAAUACCAACACUUCGCAAUUAUUGUCCUCCUCCUCCUUCGUGCACGCUUUCUUCUCCCACCAAAACACAACCAAGAAACCUCACCGGAAACUCGCCGGAAAUUGUACCCUUCUCGUGUUUUUAUGGAUUGGUUUCCAUGUUUUUUUAAGGAUGGUAUUGCAGGAACUUUAAGUUCGUAGAGUGACAGGACCAAGCUCGGUGGAUGUUGGAAACGGUGGAUUCUUUCACUUGGUUCUUACUUUCAAUGUCUUGUUCAAGGUGGCAAGCUUGGCCUUAUGUUGCGUGUUGAGCUUACUAGAAAGGUUCCAGUCAAAGUAAGCAAAACCCGAGGGUGGCAUCCUAGCAUUAGAUGGACACAAGAAAUUUAAGUCCAGAUUCACAUGUAGCACAGCAAAGCCGGAGAGAUAAGUUGAGAGUUCAACAAAGUUUAUCCUCAGUCCAGCAUAUAGAUGAAUUUCCUAACUGUUUGGAACAUUUUUCUAUCCGUCCGGGGCUAAGCCCAGAUCCUGUUCACGUUCGAAAUAUUAGGAAUGGCAAUAUACUUUAUGAUUCUACUAUGUUUUCCUCAGAAAUGCUCAAUUUUGCAACAAGUUCUCAUGCUGUAUCAGCUUCUAAAGAUGCAAUUGUUGAUCAAGAACUAGAGCCUAUACCAGCAGAGGAUUCUUCAUUCACCAGCAUGUCUCACCCAGUUUUAUCCAACUUCAAUGCUUUAUCACCUAAAUCCACUACCUGUGACCCACAAGAAUGCGGUAAUUGGAGAAGCCUUGAAUCGCAGCAAAGUUAUGAUUUGAUGGUGAAUUAUGCAGGUGGUUCAGUAGGUGGGGAAAGGAAUCAGAAACCUAUGUUUGUUGGUGAAGUCUUGUCAAAUAAUGCAAGAGUAAGCAACAUUUCAACAUCCAGACAAUAUUGGAUGCCUAGUUACUUCGAGAACCAAGAUGUUCAGCUUCCAUCUACUUUAAGGAAUUCAUCUGGUGAAAUUUUAAGUGAUGAUAGCCUGAAGGACGCGAGGGAGAUGCAAGUCACUUCUCUUCCACCUUACCAAAAUACACUCCUUGAUGCUAUUCCUUCUGGCUGUUUUCGGCCUAGAAUUAAUGAACGCAUUGUUCAUCCAUCAUAUGCAACUGAAUCAACUGCUUUACAUUUUGAUAAUAAUACCAGUACUUGGAUGAGCAGACCACUUGAGAACUACCAUCACUGGAGUGGUGAGUUCGGUCCUAUUGCAAGGACAAGCGACCAAGAGUUGAGGACUAUUGGAAGUGAUGCUAACAAUCAGGGUUUAUCUUUGUCUCUUUCAUCAAUCAAUCCACCAUCUAAAGUUGAAGCUACCCGUUUUGGAGAGGGAUGUGCAUCUGAACAUUUGCAAUUGAAGGUGGCUCGGGUUUCUCAAGAAUCUCAACAAGAUUCAAAAAUUUCCAAGUCAAGCUCUUUCUGUGCUAUGCCUAAACCGUCAAUUAUAAGUAAAGGUGGUGGGAAAUCACUUCAUGACGUCGUGGGAACUUCUACACAUGCUUUUCGAAAUACCGGUCCUCUCGGACCUUUUACUGGAUAUGCAACUAUUCUAAAGAGUUCAGGAUUCUUGAAGCCAGCUCAGGAGCUACUGGAAGAAUUCUCUAUUAUAACAGGCCCAAAACUCAUGAGAACAUCUGAGAUGUUUGAGAGGAUAUCUGGCGAUCAAGCUAGUGCUCCAGCUUUGGCGGACACUGUUAAUACUGUUGACGAAGAGGGCGGGACUGACGGCAACGAUAUUUCAGGCAUCUCAUCCUCUACAUUUUACAGUUCGAACAAGCGAAGUGGUAGUGCUGGUGUAGGUGGAGGCGGCGGCUCUUGUGGAUCUUAUGGUCCAGAAUACCAACAAAUGAAGGCAAAGCUCCUAUUCUUGGAAGAGGAGGUUUGCAGAAGGUACAAGCAAUACCAUCAACAGAUGCAAAUGGUAGCUUCUUCUUUUGAAUCAGUGGCUGGUCUUAGUGCUGCCACCCCGUACGUUACCUUGGCUCUCAAGACAGUCUCCGGGAAUUUCAGGUGUCUGAAACAUGCCAUCGUGGACCAGCUCAAGCAGGUGACAAAAACCCUAGGAGAUGAUCUUUUCUCCAGGAAUACAGUUGCAAUGUGUAGUAAAGUUGAUACAAGUGCGUCGAGGUUAAGAUACAUGGAUCAAAGCAUUCAAACGAACAAAUCUGGUGGGGUUACUGUCGGGUACCAAGAACCCCAACAACACAUUUGGAGGCCCCAAAGAGGCCUACCAGAACGUUCAGUAGCAGUUCUUAGAGCUUGGCUGUUUGAGCAUUUUCUUCACCCGUACCCCACAGACGCUGAUAAGCAAAUGUUAGCCACUCAGACGGGUCUAACUCGAAACCAGGUGUCAAACUGGUUCAUCAAUGCCCGGGUGCGCUUGUGGAAACCUAUGGUUGAGGAAAUACAUUUGCUUGAAGCCAAAGGUUUGGCAGAAAAAGCUGGGAAGAACGACGGAAAUUCUGCAGAGGGUAAUAGCCAGUCAAAUGACGAGGAAGGCUCAAACAAGUUUUGUACAAAUUCUGUGCUAGAUAAACAAAUGGAAUGCUAUGGCAUUGGUUCCUCUGGAGGCUGUGGUGAACAACUGGAUGCAGAACAAUUGAGUAGAGAGAAGAGGUCAAGAGUAGAAUUUCAGGUCCCUACCACCAUGGAUGGAUCACCGAUUAAUUUUCUGCCGUGUCAGAGAAGUGGGACUGAUAAUGGUGGACUUGGUGCUGUUUCACUUACUUUGGGUCUUAGACAAGGUAUUGAAAGCGCACAGCAUCAAAUACAAUUGCAGCAACACAAGGGUCAUUUUAAGCAGCCAUUCGGAGGUCAGAUGAUUCAUGAUUUUGUGGGUUGACAUGUGUCUAUAUAUCCAUUUCAUCUUCAAAUGGAAGUUGAAAGUGAAUAAUAAUGCCACAGAAGAAUGACUCUUUUUGCCGCCAUAUAUCUCAAAUGACCGAGGAAAAUUUAUUGGGGUAUAUACUUGGGGACCUUUUUGAGGCGUUAAAUUGAAUAUAAAUCCUUGCUGAUGCGUGUUGGCAAAUGUUUGAUGA